AUGUUCAUCAAAUCCACUUUUCUCGGAACGUUAGCGUUCAUUUCGACAUGUGAGGCAGUUCCCCAAUACAAGCCCUCACAUGUCGACUUGGAGCAUCGUCCGGGGCCAAAUAUCAAAUCAAAAUACGAUGUUGACACAAUCACGGAGGCAAACCGUUUUUGGUUUGGUAGUUUCGACGUCGGCAACUCAAAGAAUCUGAGCCUUCUAAUCGACACUGGGUCCAGUGACCUGAUUGUGAAUCCUGGAUUUUAUCGUCCAGGCCCCGGGUCUGUCAAUACCCACAAAAAUUUCACCAUCUCCUACGGCUCUACUCAAAGUGAUGGCUCAGGAACGGGAACUGUCACCGGCCAGCUAUACAAUGACACAGUGAAGUUUGGUUCGAUGACUGCUCACCAAACUGUGGGCACGGCGAACGCAAGUCCCGAUGGAACGAGUUUGGUUCCCAGACAGGGAAUUAUUGGAUUCGCAGGGCUCGAAGAAUCAUCAUUCCAUGGAGCCCUCCCUUUCUUUCACUCCAUAUGUGCCCAAGGAAAGGUGGAUGCUUGUCGAUUCGGUAUUUCUUUGGGAGACAAUGGGAAGGGUACUCAGGUCCUCGGACAAUUGGAUAAGAGCCUGUUUAAGGGAGAUCUCACAACUAGCUCCAUCAUCCAGGAAUGGGCUUUGUGGACCGAUAUCGCUCUUGAAAAUAAGAUAAUACUGAAGAAUGCACUUGUUGAACUGGAUACUGGAACAGCUACCAUUCUCGGACCUGUCGAUGACGUCGUGAAAAUAUUCAAAGCUGCUUCUAUCCAGUAUAAUGUUCAGGAGUCUGAGUCUGCCGGAACCACUGUCACUGGAUACUUCCCUUGCGAUCAGCCUCCUCAGCUGGGACUCUCAAUUCCAUCCCGCAACAAUGCCACUGAGGCUACGAAGAAGAAUUCACGUCUCGUCAGCCAUAAGAGCUCCAUUUUCAACAUCAAGCCGGACCAGUGGAUUGCAGCGGAUAAUGGAAACAACAAUUGUACAGCGAUUGUUUCAGGAACCGAUGCGAUGCCAUUGUCUAAUCUUUGGGUUGUCGGUCAACCCUUCUUCCACGGAAUUUAUGUUGACCACAACAUUCACGAUGGUACUUUGGGAUUUGCACCUGCUCGGGUCUAG